GUCAACCCUCCGGUUCAUGAUUGAGAAGUAGAGGGUGGUGCACGAGAGUAUACCAAGAAUGAAGAACUGAAGUCCAGCCGUGAUCCAGAGCCCUGGCACGUAGCGCGGUGCGUCCUUUUGUCUACACAUGUUGAUCAGCAGUGCCUCUUAUGCAACCUGCGGACUGACCGAUCUGCAAUGCACUGCCAACCGCUCGCUUUGACUGCAUACGGAUGUUGUUUGAUUGAUACGCCAGGAUGGAGGGGAUAUUGCCUUGGCAACCGGCGUAGCCAAAGAAUAGGCCUAUGUAGCGAGGUAUGUUCUUUUCGCAGUAUGCUGUCAUCAUAAGCCCGCCUAUGGCAAGGCAGCACUGGAAUGCGAUGCCUGGUGCGCGAACUUUGUACUUGUCCGAGAGCCAGGAUAUGAAGAGCGCGGAUAUAACAGCAAAGAUUACCGGCGGAGCAGACAAAAGGCAUAGCCGUGCUCAUGAACAUGAGACCGAACGCCCAGAGCUUCCAGUCGCCCAGGUGGUGGAAGAACUUUGCCCACGUUAGAGGAUCUGGAAUCGAAUCGCCGCGAUCCUUCUCGAUUCUCCGAGUGAUGAAGCGAGACUCCUCCUCAGUAAGCAGCGGCUUCUGGCCAAUCUUGCCUCUUCUCGUCGCCUUGUCGGGGAAAUCGACGAUGAUGAACCAGGCUCCUAUGGCAACAACCUGGGUCAAAAGGCCCUCAAUGACCUGAUUAUGUCACCCCCCAGACCACCGAGCCCUUCCAUCUGUAUUAGACCGUAUGCAAGGAUCGAUGACCAACCGCCAACAAAAACUAGAUAAAACCAUGCCAGUCCUGUAGUACACUCAGCAUAUGCUCAGAAAGUCGCGUGACACCUUGACGGUGAGAAGCUCCGAGACUUACGUUGUUGGACCUCGAAUCGAACGUACCACACGCUGAUUAGGUAGACGCAUCCUGGGAAAAACCCAGCCUCGAACACACCAAGCAAGAAGCGGCAGGCUGCCAAUGCUCUGUAGUCCUUUACAAAGCCUUGUCCAAGCAUGACAGUACCCCAGGCGAGCGCGAUAAAUGCGAGCCAGUUGGCCGCACCAACCUUACGCAAGACGAUGUUGGAAGGCAGUUCGAAGAUCAUGUAACCAGGGCUUUGUGCCGUACAUAGUCAGUGCAUAACCUUCAAGUAUGCGUCAGGGAAGAGUUGAUACAUACAAGAACAGCACCAGAGCAAUGGUGUACCGAUCGCCGAUAGAAAGCCCAAGAGCUUGGUCCAUUCCAGAGAUUCUUGCGGCUGAGAUCUGUGCAAAACAGGUUAGCACAAUCAUCUCACGUCCACUUGCGAUCGCGGUGCAAAGUGGUAAACUCGUACAUUUACACGAUCUAUGAGCGCAAUGCUGUAGAGCGCGCCCAGGAUGGGAAGCAGCCGACGGUCGACCUUUCGUAUCAGCUUCUUCUCCGCAUGCUGAUCGAAAUCGACCGCCUCUUGUGAGCUUUCGGGGGUGACAACGCCGCUCUCUUUAAUCUCUUCAUUAUGUUGCGUCUCGAUCUUGGGGUCCAUGAUUCACGUUUUCUUUGCUCGCCAAGUCUGUCGCUGGUGCCUUGAAACUGUGCCUCAAAGUAUCCAUGCCCUUGACGCGACCUCCUAAUUUAUACAGUUGCCGUUGCGAUGCAAGGACUGCCACUACAUAGUCUAGAACGACUCGAUCUUUCUCGGCGCCACGAGUUUCCAGCGCGGGGUUCGAAGCACUAAGAGUCUGUGGAGUUCAGCUGGAGAUUGCUGGAGAGAGAAACAAUGCCGUCCUUUCGCCCCGCAAUCUGUUUCUUAGCACCAUUCAGAUUUGGGAGCAGCCAAAGGCUAAACUUCGAAGAGAAAGAAGGUCCGCGUCACAAGAUAUGCCAACUACACAGUACGAUAGAUCCCAAGGCACUGCCAAGUAUGGCCAAGGCUGGGGAAGGAGCGGGGUGGAGCGUGGCCGAAGAGAACGAUAUGAUAUUGCCGGUGCAUGGUCAUUUUACGGGUUCUGUCGGCGUUGAGCCUCUCUGUUCAUAUAGCCGGGUCGCCAUUGUUUUGCUGUCAUAUCUAUCAGCAAGGUGUUGUGAAGAUUGGAGUUGGUGGGAGUGACAUACACAUGUACCAGCGCAAAGAGCACGCAGCAGUCUCAUGCAAACCUCGUACGAGUCUCGAAUGCGAAUUUGCAGGCAUGAUGCAUGGUUUUUAUUUUUUAUCCAAGUCGAGAACGGAGUUAUCAAGCCAUGAGAGACGAUGUGGAGCCAAGGUGUAGAACGAGUAUUCAAACCUCCCGACAAAAAUUCGUAUCUGCGGUGAGCCAAGGAGGAUGACGAUAGUCCUGGGAGGAUGUAGAUUUGCGGAGGCGACGCUGACUUUAUAGCGAACCGUUUACUAAUCGACUAGGCCUCGACCCAAGUCAUGAUCCUACUUUACCAUGCCCUGCGAGCACCUGGGUCUUGACAUGGGAGGAGUCCUUGCACGUGAUGCGUCGGAGUUCGGACAGUUACAAAAAAAGGUUCCGUCAUAGAUAGAAUGAUGCAGAUUAUAGUACAAAAC